CACUGUGGUGCGACACUCACGGCCAUUCUCUAUGCCGAGCUCUGGUGUGAGGCACACUUUGGACGGCCCACUCUCGGCGAACCAAGCUUCGAUGAAGACUCCGACGCGGUGGAGCCCCACGAGGCGCUGCUGAUGGGGUGCUACAGUGCCGUGAACGAGCUUGAUGCCAUCUACGCUGUCGCCCGCACCAACAAGCUUCCGUCCCGUCUGGCCAUCGACCGCCACGAGGGGCGAUGGGAGAAGGUUCUAGAGACGCUGGACCAUGCCAUGUCCCACCGCCCUGCACCUGCUGGUGCUGCUCUUUCCUCUGGUGCUACUCCUGCAGUGCCCUCGUUACAGUCACAGUCACAGUGGCAGGGGCAGUGGGCGCAGCAGGGAGUGGUGGCAGCACUGCAGCACAUGGCAUGCUCCCACGUGUUGCAAGCGUACUGCCGCGGUGCCGUCUCAGCACCUUCUGCUGCUGUUGCCACUGAUGCUGCCGCUGGGGGUGCUGGUGCUGUUGCCGGUGCUGCUGUGGGCACAGCAGGAGCUGCUGGAGGGGCGGUGCAUGGAGCUCUUGGGACAGAAAGAACGGAUUUUCUCGAGCUUCAG